AUGGGAAAUACUAGUGACACUGCUUCUAGCUUUGACUGGGACACCACAGUUGACUCGAAUGUCGUGGCGCACUUGCCAAAAGGAUGCCAUAUUGUAUCCUCCCAGAGCCACAGAAGCAGCUUCUGGGGCCACACUGGCUGCAUCAAUGUCGAACUAGCCGAUAGAACACCAGCAUCAUUCUUUAUCAAGAUUGUGCCAGAAGAACGAGGCAAGAAUAUGGUCCAUGGGGAAUUCGAAUCAAUGAAGGCCAUACAUACCCUGCUUCCAGACUUUGCACCGAAGCCGAUAGCAUGGGGAACAUACAAGGAUACACCAGACAUUCAUUUCUUUUUAUGCGAGUAUCGAGAAAUGGCGCAUGAGAUGCCGGAUCCGCAUAAAUUCACUGCGCGCCUCGCGGCUCUUCAUCAGAGCAGUACGUCACCGACGGGGCAGUUUGGCUUCCACAUGACUACAUACAGUGGUAAUUUACCGCAAAUUAAUGAGUGGGAAGGUAGCUGGGAGGUUUUCUUCGCAAAGAAUAUGAAGAUGGCGCUUGAUUUAGAAAUCAAGGCAAAGGGGCCAGACCCUGAGCUAGAUCACCUAAUCCCAAUCCUCUUUGACAAGGUUAUACCGCGUCUACUACGUCCGCUUGAAUCAGAUGGUCGGUCUGUAAAGCCGUCACUCGUCCACGGAGAUCUUUGGUAUGGAAACUCUGGAAUUGACGUACAAACUGGCGAGUCUCUCGUGUUUGACGCCUGUUCCUUCUACGCACAUAGUGAAUAUGAGUUUGGCCAGUGGCGGCCUGUCUGUAACCGAUUUGGUGAGGAAUACUUGGCAGCAUAUCACUCGUACGUACAGAAAUCGGCACCCGAAGAAGAUUAUGAUGGCCGUCUAGACCUGUACAAGUUGAGAUUCAAUACCCAAGUCUCCGCCCUCUUUACAGAGAGUCAAGCACUCAGAGAGCAGAUGCUGAACGAUAUGAAGGACCUUGUCCAGAGAUAUGGUUAA